AUGCCGUCCAAAACGGCCAACGGCUCCUCCUCCUCCGGCGGCGGCCAGGUGAGCCAUCGGCUGCGCAACUUCUUCCGCAUGAGCAGCACCGCCAGCAGCGGCAGCAGCGACAAGGAAAAGGAAAAGGAAAAGGACAAGGCCGGGUCCUCGUCGGGCAAUGGGCUCUCCGUCGCGACGGGCGCCGCCGGCGGUGGCGAGCUGCCCGGACCCAAGCCCUUCCGCCAUACAAAGUUCUUUAGCAACACCGUCGGCCGCCUGCGCGCCCAUACCGUCGCCAGCGAGGGCAACCAGAUCGAGGAGGCCCUGAGUCCCACGGCCCACGCGAACCCCUACUUCGCCCACCAGGGCCAGCCCGGCCUGCGGCACCACAACGACGGCUCCGUGCCCCCGAGCCCCCCCGACACGCCGCAAUUGAAGGUCUCGGGCCCGGAUGGCGGCGCCGCGAGCGAGCAGGCCACCAACGAGACCAAGGAGGAGCUGGCCCGCCGGUUACGGAGGGUUGCUAGUGCCCCCAAUGCCCAGGGCCUCUUCGCAAAGGACGAGGCCAAGGCGGCCGCCGGCGGCGCCGACGGCGACCGGCCUGCCACGGCGGAGCUGGGCAAGGACCCUCUGGUCCAGAAUGCCGAGUCGGGCUCCGUCGGUCUGAUGGAGCAAAAGGUCGAGGCCGCCAAGGCCAAGUCCCUCGGGCUCCCCAGCGAAGACAUCCUGGCCGCCCUCCCGGCCCCCCACACGGCCAUGGCCUUCCGCAGGACCUACAGCUCCAACUCCAUCAAGGUCCGCAACGUCGAGGUCGGGCCCGCGAGCUUCGACAAGAUUAAGCUCAUCGGCAAGGGCGACGUCGGCAAGGUCUACUUGGUGAGGGAGAAGAAGAGCAGCCGGCUAUACGCCAUGAAGGUUCUGAGCAAGAAGGAAAUGAUCAAGCGCAACAAGAUCAAGCGAGCCCUCGCCGAGCAGGAAAUCCUGGCCACGAGCAACCACCCGUUCAUCGUCACCCUAUACCACUCCUUCCAGUCCGAGGAUCAUCUUUAUCUGUGUAUGGAAUACUGCAGCGGCGGAGAGUUCUUUAGAGCCCUCCAGACCCGCCCGGGGAAGUGUAUCCCCGAGGAGGACGCCCGAUUCUACGCCGCCGAGGUGACUGCGGCGCUUGAAUAUCUCCACCUCAUGGGCUUCAUCUACAGGGACCUCAAACCCGAGAACAUCUUACUCCACCAGUCCGGGCACAUUAUGCUUUCGGACUUUGACCUGUCGAAGCAGUCGGACCCCGGCGGCAAGCCGACCAUGAUUCUCGGCAAGAACGGCGCGAGAACGGACGCCCUGCCCCAGGUCGACACCCGGUCCUGCAUUGCAAACUUUAGAACCAACUCGUUUGUCGGCACCGAAGAAUACAUUGCUCCCGAGGUCAUCAAGGGCAGCGGGCACACGAGCGCCGUCGACUGGUGGACGCUGGGCAUUCUCAUCUACGAGAUGCUUUACGGCACCACCCCUUUCAAGGGCAAGAAUAGGAAUGCGACGUUUGCAAACAUCCUGCGCGAGGACAUUCCCUUUCCCGAUCACGCUGGGGCGCCCCAGAUCUCCAAUCUCUGCAAGUCGUUGAUCAGGAAGCUGUUGAUCAAGGACGAGAACCGCCGACUGGGCGCACGAGCGGGCGCCUCCGACAUCAAGGCACACCCGUUCUUCCGUACCACGCAGUGGGCGCUGAUCCGCCACAUGAAGCCGCCGAUUGUCCCCCACCCCGGCCGAGGCGUCGACACGGUCAACUUCCGCAACGUCAAGGAAAGCGAGAGCGUGGACAUUAGCGGCUCCAAGCUCAAGGGCGUGCCGCUGGACAGCGGGCUGGCGACCCCCGGGGCCGAAAUCGAAGAUCCGUUUGUCGACUUCAACAGCGUGACGCUCCACCACGACGGUGACGAUCACCACCACCACCAUCAGCACAUCAACCCCCAGCAUAUCAGCGCCUCGUCAUAG